AUUUUAACAUCAUCAGAAUUUAAAAUUUGUUUUUACGUCCAUAAGUGUUCUGAACCCUCGAUUGGGGCGGAACGUUUGUAGAAAUAGGAAGUGUCAGUGGGACACAGAAAAGAAUAGCACCGGGUGAAUACAUGUGAGGUGAGGCAGGCUGAUUAGAGGCUGCUAGAAUGAUGCGGCGGCUGUACAUUGGAGGGUUGAGCCACUCGGUCACCCAGAAGGACCUGAAGGAUCGAUUUGGGAAGUUUGGGGAGGUGGUGGAUGUGGAGUUGCGGACCAGGAGUGAUGAUGAGGGUGUACCUUAUAAAACGUUUGGCUACAUCAACAUAAACAUCUCAGAUGCCAACCUGCAGAAAUGUUUGACAGUUCUUAACAAAUCCAAGUGGAAGGGAGGAACUCUACAGAUCGAAGCAGCUAAAGAGAGCUUCCUGCACAGGUUAGCACAGGAGCAGCAGGAGGCAGCAGAGCGGCGUCUUCGUCAAUCUGCUGCUGAAGAAAAGACGCAGAAGCUCCUGAACUCUCUGAGUAAAGUUGGAGUGGAAAACUUCACCAUGAAGUCAGCAGUACCAGGAUCUGAAGUUCCAGGUCAUAAGGACUGGGUGGUCACUAAAUUUGGUCGAGUGCUUCCCAUCCUUCAGCUCGGAUGUCAGAAAGGUAGAAAAGCUCAAACUCUGAAGUACGACCCAUCAAAAUAUAGCCACAACAUUCGCAGGCUAGACCGGAGUGCCCCAGAGGCGUCCACACCUAUCUCCCAGCUCACCUGGCAGGUACAGGGAGGGGAUGAUGACAUCAGUAAGAAGAGGCGGGGUGAGUUUCCCCCCUAUGAGCCAUCAAGGCCCAAGAAGAAUCGGACAGGUGUGGUCUGUUUGGACAGAACCAGAUGUGAGCAGCUUGUUGACUCCGACUGUCGGCUCACCAGUGGUUCAGAACCACCAACCAAUCACAGACCAGCUCGGAUGUUGAGGACACAUUUUCCUGACAGCGAGGUCAAAUCAGACCAGGAAAUCUGUGGUCAAGUGGCAGAUGAGCAGACCUCCCAUGAUGCCCUGCAGCAGGAAGUGGAGGACAGUGACCUGGAGGUGGUUGGAGCAGACUACAUUGUAACAUCCAAACUCAGAGGUGGAAAGGAUGACUAUGAUUCCACCGACACAGAUGAACUCUUUGCUUCCAGUAAGAACGUAACAGCUGAUUGUUGCUCAGAAAUGAAGAGUGAACCUGUGAAGGAGAGACACAGACCCCCCACCACUAGGAAGCCCUCAUCCUCUCAGGAGAAACCAGCUGGAGUGCUUCCAGUGAUAAAGCUCUCCUCCUCGGAGACAGACAGCGACAAGGAAGAGGAAUCUUCAGACUCAUCUUCAGAUUUGGAUUAUGAAGCCAUGUUCUUCGCCCCCCAUCUGGAGCUCUCCCUGGCUGAUCUACAGAAGCUUGCUGAGACUACACUUCCCAGCACCUCCUGCUCCAGCCCAGAACACAAAAUUGAACCAACCAGAAAAGGUAUCACACCCGAGGAGAUCCUGGCCUCCAUCCUGGAGGAGGACAGUGAGGAUGAACAACGGAAGAAAAAGAAAAAAACCAGAAAAGGCAGGGCUUCAAUGCUGCUUCCGGCGUUUCAGGGAACAAAAAGGUUGAAGGAGACAUCAGGAGGAGACGCUGACGUAAGAAAACACAAACUAAACCUCCAAGAUUCAGAAAUGGAGACACCAGAGUCCAGAGAAGGAGAAGAGGAGGGAAAGGAGGUAAAGAACAACUCUUCUCCCUCUGGGAGCAAGGAGGAGCAGGAGGAGGCUACGGCCAGUGUGCUGUUGGGAGCUGAGGAGGACGAGGAGCUGCAGCGGAAAGCCAACAUCAGGAGGCUGGCUGCUCUUCAUCAGAGACAGAGAGAGGCUGAGGAGCAGAAGAGGCUGAUCCAGGGAGCUCUGUCCAACGUGGACGCUCCAGCUCUUAGGGCGGGGAGACAUGUCGUCUUCACUUCAGAGGAGGAAGAAGAAGAAAAUGAGGCAUUCUCAGCUGUCCGUCAGAAGACCACAGAGACAGAGGUGCAUCGGAAGCCUUCAGGUACUCAGCUCUUUCCACAGAGUGAAGAUGGUGAUGAUGAGGAGGACAGCGGCAGGUUUGACCUCAGGCCCGAGUUUGAAGGUCAAGCAGGACAGAAGCUGAUGGCGUUGCAAUCGCGCUUUGGGAUAGAUGAACGUUUCAGAAUGGACUCCCGCUUUUUGGAAGGUGGUGAGGAGGAUGAGGAGGAGAAAGAAGCAAAUAGGAGCCCAGCAGAAGGGGAGGAGGAGGAUCUGGAGGGGGAGAGGGAGAAGAACCUAUCCAUUCUGCAGAGCGUUCUUCAAAACGUGCAACAAACCAGCAGGAAAUUGGCCAGCAAGACCACAAAGUUCAGAGACUUGUCCAGGCUGCAUUACGACCCCAGCAGAGAGGAACACGCUGCAUUUGAGACCAAAAUGGAUGGAACCAAGAUAGAGAGCAAAGCAGCCCGGAGGAAGAAAUUGGAGGAGGCUCAGAAACUUCCUGAGGUUUCUAAUGAGAUUUACUUUGACGUGUCUGAGGACAUGAAGGCCAUGUUUGGUCAGAUGAAGGAUGAGGUUGGUGAUGGGGACAAAACAAGCUGGGAUCAAGUAAAAGACCUGGGGAAAAGGCAGGAAGACCCGCCGCUAUCAUCGCUCCUCUUAGCUGAUCCAAGCAACGCCACAGAAGAACCCGCUGGUUUUAAAUUUUCCUUCUUUAGAGAUGAAGCAGGAACAAUGACGGGAGAGAUGGCAGAGUACAAAGCAGAGAAGAUCCAGGGUCCAAAGGUCUCCUGGCACCAAAAUCCACACUUCCAUGACAGCAGCUCUGAGGAGGAGGAGCAGGAGGAGGAGGAGGAGGAGGAGGAGGAGCAAAGUGGCAUCACUGCUAAAACUGAGGAAGAGGAAGCUCCCCAUGAGCCUACUUUAUUCUUCUUCUAUCCUGAUGACUGCAGACUGAAAGAAGGGCCCAGGGUGUUCUGUCGGACCUCCCAGCUGGAAGAGCAAAGGGAGCAGUGGGAGGAGAGGCGGAGCGAGCUCAGACAGGAAUACCGCAAGAAGCACAAAGAUGCCCGCAAGAAGCUCAAAACCAGCCAGAGAACAGGGGAUUAUGGAAAAUGACAUUUUACACUCAUCAAGUGAGAGACUGGUCAUCAGAACUCUGGAGCUGACAGAUAAUUUCCUCUUUGCAGGAAACAUAGGUUGGAGAUUAGUCCUGUCAAUCACAUUGCUUUUUGUUUUUAUUUGAUAAACCUCAUGAGCUGUUAAAGGUCCUGUCUGUAUUUUUUUCUGACUGUUUUAUCUGAUUUGAAGGACCUCCAGCAACACCAAAUAACCAUUCUCACAAUAACAAAUAAAUGAAAAAAUGUGCAAUCAUG